AGUAGUUGUACUCACUGAAGCUGACCUGACAGUGGGAAAAAGUAGCGAGGGGGCGUUCGUCUAAACAAACAAACAGGAAGAAACUGAGAAAAUAAGACCUUCACGACCUUCUUUGUAGCAAACAUUUAUGGGAUAUACACGGGACAUUUUGACAUAUCUCGGAGGACUUUGGGGGCUUGUUUUUCCGGUCCGCAGUAAGCGCAGUUUGACGCAGAAGAAGAAGGCGGAGUGCUAGGCUAGCAGAUUAGCAUAACACGACAAGAUUAGCGACCAAGCCAGCACAAAACACAUUAUUUAAAACGCUUUCCCAGAAUCAACCGAACGUCUAGUUGUGGAUUCAGUCUCCACUAUGAGCACAAAAAGUCAGCUUUAAAUGCACAUUCAUAUCGUAAAACUGGAUGCUGAAGUUCCUGCACCAGCGACUCUACUGAAGUAGCGUCUGUCACCAGCCAAGAUGUAACGAAAAAAGAUUUUUGGGGCAGAACAGACAAUAAAUUGACUAAAAAGUCUGGACUGCGGACGAGCACAUACACCUUGCAUGUUUGAUGUACUUGUUUUGACGGGGCUAAAUUGAAUAUUAAAGGCACUUGAUAUAGUUUGAUGCGACUUUUAGACGAGUGUCAACAUGGAGCCAGCGGAGGACGCCUUACAUAACGCCCUCACCUUGGCAGAGGAUCGGCUCAGCGCGGCCUCAGCGGCCGCAGCUCAGCUUUGACGGCUCCAAACCCCGAAACAAAACGCCUAGAACCAGGGAAACGACAGGAUAACACCCGCCAGCCAGGAAAUGCCGCAGCGGAACAUGUAAGGCUUCCAACCACAGACGAAAGACGGAACAACAAGGGGCUGAAGAUGGAGUCAAAUCCACUGAUAAACUCGAUGGACCCCUCAAUCACGCUGUGGCAAUUCUUACUCCACCUGCUGGAGGACCAGAGCCAGCGCCACCUGAUCUCCUGGACGGGCUGUGGGUCUGAUGGAGAGUUCAAACUGUUGGACGCUGAGGAGGUGGCUCGACUGUGGGGCCUCCGUAAGAACAAACAUAAUAUGAACUACGACAAACUGAGCAGGGCACUACGCUAUUACUAUGAUAAGAACAUUAUUAAGAAAGUGAGUGGGCAGAAAUUCGUAUACAAGUUUGUGAGUCAGAUCGACCCCUCAACAACAGACCCGUCUCGGUCCAAUAUCGAGGAGAAGCGGGACAGUGCUGACUGCAAUGGCCAAUCAAAAGGCCUAGUGGGCGGGAUGGCAACCUGUCAAUCAAAGGGCUUACCACAGCGUUCCUCUGUUCCUCCCAUUUCCCAAAAAAGCUCCUCACGGAAUGACUACAUGAAGUCUGGCCUGUACUCCACCUUUACCAUUCAGUCACUACAGAACACACCCACACAGCUCUUCAACCAGCCAAUCAAAACAGACCGGCCCAACCAGCAGCCCCUCAAAACAGACCGAACCAACCAGCAAUCAAUUAAAGCAGAGCAGCUCAUACUACAACAGCAGCCCCCUGACCCAGUCGCUCAAAUGGACAGAAUGCCAAGAGAGGUCUGUGUGGUGCCAGAGUCCCGCCCAGCAUCUGUAGGUGGUGCUGUGGACACUGGUUUACAGGUGAUUGUCACUCAACCAUCUCCAUGUCCCACACCUGCCCUGAGCCCUCACAGCAAUGGACUCUCACAGCCUCCAGCACUAGAGCCCCCACAGAUCUUCCUGACCAGUGUAGGGGACUCCUUGACCCCUUUACUGUCCUUGGGGCCGUCAUCUGUGGGCCCUAGCUCUGUGCCCCACCCUUCAGAGGACUACAGUUCUGCCCCCCCUCCACACCCACUCUUCCUGAUUAUCAACCCCCCUCCAAAGAACCAAGGUGCACUCCCGCAGAACCUAGGUGCCGUCCCACAGACCCACCACUCUCACAGCCCUGCACAGGAACCGGCUCAUACCAUUGGGCAGACGCCAGGACAGUCCACCCCUCAGCCCUCCAUUGUGGUUAAAGAUGAGGACACACAGGGCACAGCAGAGGGGCUCCUGGAGAUGGUGGCUCUGGAGGAGAAACAUGUGGAACCGGUCCCUCAGCUGAUCUGCAACUCUGAACCAGAACCCACAUUAACCAUUGUGGAGACUCCAUCCACUUCCUGUUUGGACACUGGGGUCAGCGGUCAGCAGACAGAAGGGACGGGACCAGGGGAGGCCACACCCAAGAACACAGCUACUACAGAACCAGCGGUUUCUGCACCAUCCUCCUCUUCUUCUACUGUCUCGGUGUCUACCGCCUCUGAGAGCACCCCCUCCAGACCAAAGAAACCCAGAGGUCUUGAGCUGCCCUCAGCCCCUACACUGCCACCGGGACUGUCUUUGGACAAGGUGAAUGCAGCAGUGAACAGUUUACUGGCUCCUGGAUCGAGUACCAACACUCUGACGCCGACUGUCAUCACCUCACAUGCACUGACCCCUGUAUUGCUUACCCCAAGUCCACUGCCGUCCACCAUUCACUUCUGGAGUACACUCAGCCCCAUUGCCCCUCGCUCUCCUGCUAAACUCUCCUUUCAGUUCCCAACCAAUGGCAGUAACCAGAUACACAUUCCUGCUCUCAGCGUUGAUGGUCUGUCCACUCCAGUGGUUCUCUCCCCUGGCCCCCAGAAACCCUGAAUCUGUGCCCACAAACCAGGCUGCUCUCUGAAUCAUGUUUGGGGCCCCUAUUUUUCUGGUUGUGACUAGCCACAAUACCAGAGACUGUUGAGUCCUUUUGCCAUUUCUCUGGACCGCCACUCUGAAUAAGUCUGUGCCCAAACACAGAGCUCACCUCUGGGCAUAACAUAAUGGGACCAGCCCAUGUUUCUUCUGAGCUCCAUGGAGUGCAUAAAACAAGACAACUUAUGUAUUGUUUCUGUUGACUGAUUUUGGCGUUUGGGGAACAUUACCUUUAAUUCCAUGUGUUCAUUUUGCACCAUUUAGCUGGAAAUUUAAACCAGAAUUACAAACAAUUCUUUGGGAAGCAAUUGCAAACUGGAAGAAGCUGCAUUUUUACUGGAAAUCUGAGUCAAAAUCUGACUCUUUUCUUAUAGAUUUUGUGCAAAGGAAAUGGAAACAUUUUGAUUUGAAAGUUCAAUAUAAAAUAUUGAGACUUCUUUCUCAGAGUGUUUUUCAAAAGCAUUUUGACUACAGUUAUGGAGUUGACGUCCGACUGUUUACAAAGUUUUUUCUCAAGUAUGCUUAGAGAGAUUUAGAAAAAUAACUUUUGAGCCAUUUUGAAAAGGUUGGCUUGGCCUUGAUUGGCCUAAUUUUUGACUAUGCCUCUGUCCUGCAUGGUUAUUGGGACUUUUAUGAACCGGCGAAUCACAGAGCCACGUAUAAACUUUCCAUUUGUUAUUUUAGUUUAACAACAUUCCUCUUUUGUAACUGUUUGUACAUGGGUUAUACAGUAUAAUGAUUGGUUCAACUUUAGAUCAAAUUAGCAAUCUUUCAAUUCAAAAUUUUUUUCAUCGUGUCAUUCUGCAAAGAAGUGCUAUUCUGCAGAGACUUACAGUUUUUCAAUGUAAUUUCAGUUUCCAUUGCAAACAAAAGUUUUUGUAAGUUUUUAUUGAGUUUUUUUAAAUAACAAAGCCUGGUCAUCCUGCCCCUACCAAUAAGGCUCUCGGAGCAGUAGAGUCUGAGCAUAGAUAUAUCUGCUUGUUCAGAGUGGACUUUGUAACUCUUCUAACACCUCUGAUGAACACAGGUCUGUGCUUUUCUUCUCUUGUGGGUCAUGCUGAGGUCCAGAUUGUUUCUUAGUCAAACAAUUUUCAUAAAUUUUUUGAGGAAUCGAUGGGUGCCUCUCAAUUCAUUUUGGUUUGAAUUCAAAUUAAAAUUAUGAAUUAAUACAAUGCAUCUCUGAAUAUAUGAGAUAUCUGAGAGAUGAGAUUUAUUUGAGAUUAAAUUGUAGAACAUAUUAAUGUUAUUAUUUAUAUGUUAUUUAUCCACAACAAGUAAAUAAUUAUACAUUUUAUUAUUAUGAACCUUUUAAACUCUUAUAGAAGCAUCUGAAAAAGAUUUUUUUUUUAAAGUUUGUUUUGACCUCACUCAAAACAAAACUAGACCAAAGGGAUAGCAGUAGAAAGGAAAAGUCAGGAUGACCAGGCUAACAUGAGCAGUGGUUAGUGGUGAUUUCUGGCCUUGCUUUGUCUCUGUUCACAUACUGCGUUCUGUCCUGUUGUCUGCUGCACACCUGUCUCUUCUUGAUUCUUGAGCUCUGACUGUUGAACCUGUCGCUGAUGCUGCGCUGUUCUGUUGUUUUUAGUCUUUUGCCCUCUUCACACAGAAUCUGUAGCCCAGUUUAGACCCAUUUAAAUCAUAGUUUGGCUUUGGUUAGUCCUGGGUAGUGCUACAAUAGUUCUAGAGUUAAUUCUGGUUUAGUCAUUAUUUAGUCUUGUUUUUUCUUAGUUAGUUUUUCUGGUUUAGGGGAAUGCAGAUGUGUGGAGAGGGCCUCAAGUUAAAGUGGAACUAAGCACCUAAACUCCACCCACAAGCACAGUCAAAAGAGCUGUAAAACUGUGCAGUGCCUUGAGGCCUAAACUGGAGAGUGAGGGGAAAGAAGGGGUGGGAUCUAGAGGACUAAAGGGUUGAGUGAGAGGGGUACAGGGGCUGGGUUGGGGCGGAGAAGGGUGGGGUCUAGAGGACUAAAAGGGAAAGUGAGAGGGUGCGGGGUCUGGAGGACUUAACACCGCGCUCACACCGUGAGCGACUUCAGCGACUUCAGCGACUUCAGCGACUUCAGCGACUUCAGCGACUUCAGCGACUUCAGCGACUUCAGCGACUUCAGCGACUUCAGCGACUUCAGCGACCAGCUCCCAUUCAUUUCCUAUGCAGACUGGAACAGGGAGGAGACAAGAGGAAGUGGAGAGGAGAGCAGCGCAAUCCAAGUGACCUGAACGUAGCACAGUUGAACUGAAGUCAACUUUAUGCAAAUGCGGAAACAAUAUCGCCGCAGCGACAACUACUCAGUGAACACAUUUUGACACACACAUCUGAAGCAUUGGUCGAGGAACUAAACUCACUCCUAAUUCCUCCUGCACUAGGUUAACUUCCCAUAGAGGUCUGGAGACAACAUGUGAGCGAAUUGAGCACAGGAAAGCUCUUUUGUCGCUCUCGUUGUGAGUGCGGUGUUAAGAAGAAAGUAACAAAUGGAGGGGCAGGGUCUUGAGGCCUAAAGGGAAAAGUUGCAAAAAAGCUUAUUUAGUGUUUAGUCCCACUUUAAAUUAACUUGGCAAAUGUCCAAAGAAAUCUCUUCUAGGUCAGAGGUUACUGGUUGUUUUUCUGCAUAUUUGUUGCAUUUUUCUUUGAAGUGCCCCCUUCCCAUUUUGGGAGUACAGUGCUAUUCUAUCAUUCAUUCUAAGCUGCAUAUUACCGCCGUAUUUUUUACCUGCUAUGGGGCUGCUCUCCAGUCAUUCUCAUAAUUGGGUUUGUUAACAUUUUAUUCAAGCAAGUCCAAAUAAAAUAUAAAUAUACCACUUAAAAAUAAUUGGAUUAAUUUAAUUGCACUGCAGCUUGGCACCCCAUUCACUUAAAAAAAAGAAAAAAAUUUGUUGGCUUGAACUAUCUUUCAAAAGAUUUCUUGUUUUCAAUAAACCUAAGUGAAAAUUAGGUAAUAAGUAGUGUUACAGACAGAUCCUUACGUAAGAGAUAAUAAUCUAUGGAACAAAUAUGCAAAAAAAUAAAAAAAAUUUCUGCGUUGUAAGAAAUUAUUACCCUGAUUCAGAUAUGAAACUGCUUUGACCUGUACUGAGAUUUGCGCUGCCCCCUAGUGUUGUACUGUUAACUUGCUAAAGCCAUCGUGGUGGACUGUUCCCUUUUCAGCAUGAGUUAUAUUUUUAUAGAUACUUCUUUAUAGAAAAAUAUGUCCAAUUUAACUUGUUAAAGAGGUAAACUUGGAAGAGCAAUGGAUUUAGUCUAAUCUAUAAUAAUUAUGACUUAUAUUUUUAUACUUGUGUCUUUACAGAUGAAUGCAUAUAUAUUACAAACUGUUUUGGAGACGCCUUACAGUGCUGGGAGUGACAUAGGUAAAAUAUUCCAAGCAUGAGCGGUUUCAAGCCAUUUUGGGUGGAGGUUUUUCUCACCAGCAGAACAAAGAGAAUGUUUUUUUUUUCUAACAAAUGAAGUUGUUGUGCAUUCUGGUUAAAAUAUGUGAGAUUUUACUAUUUAAAAAACAAUAUUGUGAUGGGCUGCUUCAAAAAGGUCAUAUGCAUUGUUUUGCAGUAUUGAAAGAAUGUUUUCUGGAAAAGAUCUGUUUUGUCUUGGGUUUAGUCCUGGUUUAGCUUUGGUUUAUUUAGGCUUGGUUUAUUUAGCCCUGGGUAGGUUCUGGGUUUGUCUGAAGCAGCUCCUGUCUCUUGUUGAUUGUUGCAGUAUAAAUGCUAAAUGUUUUUAAAUCUUAUAUUGUGAAUAUUUUAGGAAUAGUCCAGAAUCUUGGGUCAAGAUCCACAAUUUUCUGUUGACAAUCUUUUUUUUUAUGCCAAGUAAAAAGAUGCUAAAGAUGCUUAAGUUAAUUUCCAAAGGCUACUUGGUGUAUGCCCUCAUUAUUCCAUAGUCUUGAGAUACAAAAAAGGUAUUAUUAAAGACUAAUCUGUCCGGUUCGGCACAACAUUUUUAAUAUAUUACUAGAUCAGCCAUUGAAGUUUGCUCAAAUUAUGUUUUCUCAUUAACUCACAUGUAAACUUGAAAGUGUGUACUUUUAUAGUACAUUUUACUCCUUAUACCACUGCGAUGCUUGUCUAUUGUAGAUUCCGUUUCCCAUGACCCAUAACUCUGGACUAACUUGUAUCUUGAAUUGUAAACCCUUCUUUUUUUGUAAAUAUCCAAAUGUUACCUGUAUAGUCUCAUUAUAUCUGUCCUGUCCUCUCAACCAAUCAGAGAGGAGCUGUCUGCUGCCUGGCCUCGCCCUUGCUCAGCUUUCACUGGCUGGUUUAUUGUAAGAGGGCGUGGCCUGCCUUUAUUUUGUGGCAGGAGAAGGGGGUAUACUGGAAAGAGAAGUUAUUUUUAUGAACUGACUGUAUUUGAUGGUUUAAAAAAAUGUUGUUUUCUACAAAAAAAAUUAAACUAUUUUGUUCUGUACAAA